AUGAAUGAUGAAGACAUUAGCACCACUUAUGACACAGUCCAGAAAGAGACCAUGUAUGAGGCUCUAGACCAGCCAGAAGAAAAUGAAGGUCCCCUUUAUCACAACAUCCAUGAAGACAGGAGCUCAGGAAACAAUUUAUAUGCCACUGACCUGGAAACCCAUGAAUAUGAAUCUGUAUCAGUUGAUGCUGUCGGAGGUGAGGAAAACAGCUUGGCUUUUUCCCAAUCAGAAGAAGAAGGCUACCCCCAGCCUUAUGCGAUAUGUCCCGCAGCCCAGGAUCCUCAACCAGAUGAGCCCCAGGAGGUUGGGAACGUUUCAAUGGAAGAAUUAUACUCACCAAUUCAGUACCAGGAGACGAGCCCAGAAGAGCCACAGGAGAACAGAAGCGAAUUAUACUCACCAAUUCAGGACCAGGAGAUGAGCCCAGAAGAGCCACAGGAGAACAGAAGCAUGAUGGAGGGGAGCCUGCCUUCUCCUUCAAGCUUCACUGUCCAGAAGGCCAGUGAAUAUUCCCUCACCUGCUAUUCUGCUGCCAAUGAUUUGGAAGAAGAAGAAGAAUCAGCUCCCAUGAACCCCGAGAUCAGCCUCUUUGUGAAGGUAAGGCUGCCUCUGUCAGGAGCAUCUGCUCUCGCAGGUGGCAGAAUUGAUGCUUCAUUUUGCUCUGAGUGA